AUGGGAUGCUUUCAUUAUUCAUUUAAUGAAGAUAUCAAUUUGGCAUAUUCAAUAGUUGGUAAGUAGUUCAUUUAAUUUAUAGUUCACAUAAUAUAAAUUAUUGUAGUUGGAUUAUCAUCAUUUGUUGGUUUAGGUGCAGAAAUUCAAAAAACUUCUAUAUUGAUGGCUUUAUUACAUUACAAUGAAUAUGAAGCAACUAAUAUUACAUAGUACCCAAUUCAAUAAUAUUAGUUAUAUUUCUAUUGUUUCAAGCUUUAUGUAUCUAACAUUUCUUUUAUGUAAAAAUGAAAUAGGCCUUAUUGAUAUUCAUGCUGCUUAAUUAUUUUUCCCUUUUAUAGUAAUUUUUACAGACAUUGGAAAUUAUUUCAAUAGAGCUUUCUACGAUUAAAUAAUAGUUUUAAUAACAAUUAGUUUAGAAUAUAUAUGGAUUAUAUUAUUAACAUUAAAAUUUGAUAGAUCAAGAAAUCAUGAAAUUGAAUCAAAAAGAAAAGAGAUAACAUUAGAUGAUAAUCUUAUUAACAACCCUAAAAAAACAUAAUCUUUUUUAAGUCUUAAUCAACAACCAACCAAUAAAAAUAAUUCCAAAAAGGCUCUUCUAUAUAUUAUACUUUUCUAAAUGUUCUUACAAAUCCUUCUUUUUAUUUUAAGAGGAGGUAAUAAUCGUUAAUUUAUUCAUUUCGAAUAUAGUGGUAGUUGGUAUUGGUUUACAACAAUAAUUAUUUAUAUUUUGGGAUUAUUAUUUCUAUAUUAUCUUUAUUAAAAAUAGGCAAAUGAUUAUAGAAGACAUAUGGAUGAUGAUCCCUAUUUUUAUGAAAUAAGACCUUUAAAUUAAAGUUAAUUAUUGAUUUUGAUUGCUUUGAUUUCAUUUUUUUUUAGUGGAACUGCAGGAGUUGGGGCUGGGUUGAUAUUAAUCCCUAGUUGUAUUUUAAUCUAAAGAUUUCGAAUGAGUAUUUUAAAGGCUAUCAGAACAAUGAUUUUUGUGCAAUUUCUAAUUGAUAUAUGUGUUAUACCAUAAACUAUUUAAAGUAAUGAGAUUUAAGAUAAAUAUAGAUUAUUAAUCUGUGUAAAUUAAAGAUCAGUUAUUUUACAUGGCAAUAGGAUGUUCAUCUUUCAUUUUUGUCACUGUCUGGUUACACAUAUUAUUUAUAAGAGAAUAACAUUAACUUAAAUUAAUUAUCAUUAUUAUUGGAUUAUUUACUUUUGAUUUUAUUUUGGGAAUCUAUUAAGCAUACACAUUUAAGAGUCCAAUUAGGGGAAAUCCUUAUUUCUCAAUUUCUAUUGAUGAUUGUUCUAUAAAUUGUUAAUUUAAUGAAUGA